AUGAUGUCUUUCCUCGGCGGCGCCGAAUGCUCGACCGCAGGGAACCCACUGAGCCAAUUCACAAAACACGUACAGGAUGACAAGUCGUUACAACGGGACAGGCUUGUGGGGCGAGGGCCCGCAGGUCUGCAAGAAAGCUUCAGGAGUCAAGUGAAUGGGCCAAGCCAAGAUAAUAUGAUGCAAGAUUUCUUACAGCAUAAUGGUCAGCUCCACCAAGAUGUACCCCAACCCUUCGCAAUGGAGCAGAUGCGAAGAGACUUGGAUGGCUAUCGAACAACCACCCCCCGAAUACACUCACCUGGCUGGGCAUCGGAAUUCGAUCACGGGGAGCAAGCGCGCUUGGAGGCUGCGUUUCAAGCGCCAAAAUCAGGAGGCUUUGUCCCUGCUGGCUUUACACCAGCUGAGUUUCAGCGAUUCCAGCAGAUUGAGAGGAAUGGAUCAGCUAGGGUUGGGAGUCCAACCUCGUACACAGAUCUAGGGAUGAAUGGCUACAAUAGAUCGAUGGGAAUGGGCUACGGAAUGAAUAUUGGGAUGAUGGGCUCACAGUAUAGGCCAAUGGGCUUGCAGAGGAGACCGUCAGAACAGCAGACUACUGGCAAAGGAAAAGGACGAAUGGUGGAGCUUGAUGAGAAAGAUUGGGAACAGCAGUUCGCAGAAAUGGACGCAGAAACUCAACGCGAUUUAGACGCUGAAGCAAACGCAGCGAUAGAGCAGGAGCUCAAUAACAUGGACAGGUCAGUCCUUUCCGAGACCAAUGAGUUUGGCGACUUCGAGAGCGUGUGGCGAGGAAUACAAGCUGAGACUGCCAACGCUAAAUCCAUGAUGGAUAAUGGCGAAUACGGUAUGCACAUGGGCGAGGAGCUACCGUUACGAGACUACGAUACUUGGGACAACUUUGACAGCAACUUUCAUGACGGUUAUCGGGAUCCUCAGAUGGGCAAUUAUACUUUUGAAGAAGACAAUCCUUUCAGCGCAACUAAAGACCCGUUCGAAGAAGGCAUCAAAGUAAUGAAUGAGGGUGGUAAUCUUUCCCUGGCCGCUCUCGCUUUCGAAGCCGCUGUACAGAGAGAUCCGCAACACGUACAAGCCUGGUGCCAACUCGGCAGCGCACAAGCCCAGAACGAAAAAGAGUCGCCAGCCAUUCGCGCUCUCGAACAAGCUAUCAAGCUCGAUCCCAAAAACCUCUCAGCCUUAAUGGGUCUCGCUAUAUCAUAUACAAACGAGGGUUACGACUCCACCGCCUACCGCACUUUAGAACGCUGGGUUUCAACAAAGUAUCCUCAGAUCGUUUCUCCCGAUGACCUUACCCCGCCAGGUGAUUUCGGUUUCACAGACCGCCACGUUCUCCAUGAAAAGGUGACGACCCAAUUCAUCCGCGCAGCCCAACUCUCCCCAGAUGGCGAACAUAUGGACCCAGACGUGCAAGUGGGUUUAGGCGUGCUCUUUUACGGUGCAGAAGAGUACGGCAAAGCUGUUGAUUGCUUUGAAUCGGCGCUUACAAGCACUGAGUCUGGAACAACUAAUGAACCUCACCAAGCGCACCUUCUCUGGAAUCGGUUGGGCGCCACACUCGCAAACAGCGGCCGCAGCGAAGAGGCAAUCGCAGCAUACGAAAAAGCUCUAACCCUAAACCCCAAUUUCGUCCGCGCUCGUUAUAACCUCGGCGUUUCCUGCAUCAACAUCGGUGUGCUCCCCCAAGCGGCACAGCACCUCCUUGGCGCACUAAGUAUGCAUCGCGUCGUCGAGCGCGAGGGCAUGCAACGUGUCAAGGAGGUCAUAGGCGAGGAUCCAGAAAGUAGUACGAUCGACGAAAGCGAUGUGGAGAGGAUGGUGGGUAUGAAUCAAAGUACGAAUUUGUUGGAGACACUGAAGAGGGUUUUUAUGAACAUGGGAAGAAGAGAUCUGAUGGAGAAGGUGGAGUUGGGAAUGGAUAUUGAGCAGUUCAGGGGGGAGUUUGAUUUCUGA